AUGACCUCCCCUUCCUUGAUCGAAAAUAUCCUCCAAACAAAUUUGAUGGGUACGAUAUGGGGGUGUAAGAUUAUUGGAAAGGAAAUGUUGAGACUGCGGCAGGGCUGUAUAAUGAAUGUAUCCUCACUACUAGGUAUUAAAGGCGGAAGGGGAAGCGCUGCUUAUGCGGCUAGUAAAGCUGGGGUUCUUGGUCUCACCCGUGCUCUCGCCGCCGAAAUGGGUUCGUCAGGAAUAAGGGUAAACGCUAUUGUACCUGGAUAUAUCGAGACUGAUAUGACGAGGGCCAUGUCCGAGCCCGCACGUAAAGAAGCACUAAACGCCAUUCCCCUCUCUCGCUUUGGAGAUGCUAGUGAAAUAGCCGAUGCCGCCGUCUUUUUAGCCAUGAAUAAAUACGCAAACAAUUGUGUGCUCAAUCUUGAUGGUGGGUUGAGCGCUGUGUGA